GUGAGGUUAGGUUUCUGUGUACAAAAACUCCAGUUUGUAACAAAAAUUUAAAUAAACAACAAAUACUCGAAUUUUACAGUUCAAAUAAAUGCUAUUCUAAUUGGUUAUCAAUUUCAGUUGAUUAUCAUGGCUGAAAUUUACAAAUUAAUACAUCCGGUGAAGUAUUUCACCGACUAUAUUUCAAGAGAAAUUCGGCCAGAUGGAAGAAAGUUUCAUGAACAGCGAAACAUCAAAGUAAACGUGAAUUCUCUGAAAUGUGCCGAAGCAUCAGCAGUGGUUAAAUGUGGGAACACGACUGUAGUGUGCGGUAUUCAAUUGGAACUGGCUGCACCAAAGGCAGAAGAGCCUGAAUUAGGUUUCCUAGUAACAAAUGUAGAGCUUCCACCGCUGUGCUCGUCUAAAUACAGACCAGGCCCUCCUUCUGAUCAUGCACAGGUGCAAAGUUAUAUGCUCUCAGAUAUAUUUGUCAAUUCAAAAUGUGUAGAUUUAAAAGAUUUAUGUAUUGUUCCUGAUAAAUUGGCCUGGGUAGUGUAUUGUGAUAUAGUUUGCUUGGACAAUGAUGGAAGUUUAGUGGAUACUUGCAUUAUAGCACUUAUGGCCAGCUUAAGAACAUUAAGCUUACCAGCUGUCACUUACGAUGCUGAGACAGAAGACAUUAAAGUUGACUCAACUGUUAGAACACCACUUAAGGUUCACGGAAUGCCUGUUGCCACAAGUUUUGCUGUUUACAAACUCCAAGAGAAGAAUAUAUUACUAACAGAUCCCUCAUCAUAUGAAGAAGAAAUGUGUGGAGGAGCUGGUGCAAACUUGACUGUAUGUGUGAAUAAAGGGCUGUUAUGUGGGAAUCAUACAUUUGGUGGCAGUCACCUUUUAAUGGAAAAUCAGGAAGAAAUAUUAAAGAUUGCUAAAGAAAAGGCUAAUCUAGUAGAAAAUGUUAUAAAUUCAUGUAUAAGCAAUGAAGAAAGUCUGUCUAAUAAAUAAAGGAGAAACUACUUCAGUA